AUGGCGCUGCUUGUGAUGCUGUAUGCUAUGCAAGGAGUGCCGCUGGGUCUUACACUGGGCAGCAUGCCGUUCCUCUUGCAAGCCAAUGCAUCCUACACUGCAAUUGGCAUCUUCAGCCUGGCCAGCUAUCCAUACUCCUUCAAACUGCUGUGGAGCCCCAUCGUUGACUCGGUGUACUCCAGAACAUUUGGGCGACGGAAGUCCUGGGUGGUGCCGAUACAGCUAGCGAGUGCGGCGCUGAUGCUGAUGAGCGCUGACUGGGCGGAGCAGCGGUUGAAGGAGGCGGAUAUUGUGUCUAUCACGUCUCUGUUCUUUGUGCUGGUGCUGCUCGCCGCCACACAGGACAUUGCUGUGGACGGCUGGGCGCUUACGCUGCUUUCCAGGCACCACAUUGGGUAUGCGUCGACGUGCCAGACGGUGGGCAUGAAUAUCGGCUACUUCUCCUCCUUCACGGUGUUCCUGGCGCUGAACGACGCCGACUUCUGCAACAAGUACCUGCGCGCCAGCCCCGCGCCGGAGGGCCACCUGACGCUCGCCAUUUACCUGCGCGCCUGGGGCUGGGCCUACACGGCCGCCACGCUGCUCAUCGCCGCGCUCAAGCGGGAGUUCAACUUCCCCGCCAUGGAGGACGGGGAGGCGCAUGGCAAGGGGGAGGGAGAGGAGCGUGAGGUGGGGAUCCGGGAGGCAUACGGGCAGCUGUGGAGCGUGGUGCGGCUGCCGGCGGUGCGCAAGCUGGCGCUGGUGCUGCUGGCCUUCAGGCUGGGCAUGCUGCCCGCCGAGCUGGCCGCGCCGCUCAAGCUGCUGGAGAAGGGGGUCUCCAAAGAAGCCCUCGCCGGCCUGGUGCUGAUAGAGUUUCCGUGCGAGCUGGUCUCGGCGGUGGUGGCGGGCCGGUGGGCGGCCAGCAGCAGCCCCCUCAAGCCCUGGCUCUUCGGCUACCAGGCCCGCCUCGUCAUGGCAGCCGUCGUCACUGCCAUCGUGUACCAGUUCCCCUCGGGGGCGAAUUCUCUGGGGGACCACCCGUGGUGGUUUGGCGCGCUGGCGGCGGCGGGGUUAGUUACCUCGUUCACGUCGACGCUCAUGUUCACGGCGCUGGGCAGCUUCUACAACCGCAUCAGCGACCCCGACAUGGGCGGCGCCUACCUCACCCUCCUCAACACCAUCGCCAACAUGGGUGUGGUGCUGCCAAAGCUGAUGCUGUUUGCGCUGGUGGAUCUGCUGACGGCGCGCACCUGUGUGGGGGCGGACCCCUCGCUAUCCGCGCAUGCAUGCCCGCACUCGCGCACGGCCGGCCGCGCCGGCAACGCCUGCACGCGCGCGGGCGGCGAGUGCGCGGUUAGUCGCGAUGGUUAUUACGCGCUCUCCUAUGGCGCUGUCAUUGUCGGCGCGGUGCUUUUCCUGUGGUUCCGCCGUAUCAUGCCCCGGCUCGAGGCGCUCCCGCUCGACCAGUGGCACGCCAAGAAGCGGCGCCAGUAA